AUGAAGGUCGGCGAAGUAUCGCAGGGCUUGUAUUCAAGCCCGGUUCAACCCAAAAAAGAAACAGAAAUCCUGGGUUCACGAAUAAAGCAGUGGAACGUAGUGGAUGAUGACUUUAAAGUGACAUUCACACGAAACUUAGACUUAUCGUCAUUCGAAGAAGUUUUUAAUGCUGAUGAUAUAGACAAUAAACUUGUAUAUUGUGUUGAUGUGGAUGGAUUGUUUGCUGCCUUCGAUCACGUGUACUGCGCAAAAGAUUGGCGAUUAUUUCUGGACGGUUCUUGCAAAAGUCUGAAAGUAGUAUUAAUUCACAACGAGAAUCAGUUGCCAACAGUUCCAAUAGCAUACGCUACUGAUAUGAAAGAGACGUAUCAAACGAUGGAAAAAAUUUUACGAUUAAUCAAUUACAAUAAACAUCAAUGACAAAUUGUCUCAGACCUCAAAGUUCUGACAAUACUUCUGGGAAUGCAAGGAGGCUACACUAAGCAUCCGUGCUAUUUCUGCGAAUGGGACAGUCGUGCCAAGGAUCCUUACAAGUGUAGCGUGUGGCCUCC